AUGAGCCAGUUUUCCGCCAUUCCCGAAGCCCUCGAGGCGUUUAAAAACGGCGAAUUCCUCGUUGUGAUGGACGAUGAGUCCCGAGAAAACGAAGGUGAUCUGAUUAUUGCCGCUGCCCAGACCACGACUGAGAAGAUGGCGUUUCUGAUCCGCCACUCGUCCGGCUUUGUGUGCGUGCCUCUGUCCAACGAGCUCGCAAACAAGUACGAGCUCCCCUACAUGGUGGAGAACCGGACAGAUCGACAUGGAACUGCCUACACGGUCACCUGUGACGCUAUUGAGGGCACCACGACCGGAAUCAGUGCCCAUGACCGGGCUCUGACCGCUCGAUGUCUUGCCGACAAGAACACAACUGCCGCCUCAUUCAUGCGACCUGGUCAUGUGGUUCCUCUGAGAGCCGUGGACGGAGGAGUUCUUGCCCGACGAGGACACACCGAGGCUGCGGUUGAUCUGUGCAAGUUGACCGGCCAGCCUGCCGCCGGAGUGAUUUGUGAGAUUGUCCGGGACGAGGACGGGCUCAUGGCUCGAACCGAUGAUUGUUUGGAGUUUGCAAAGACUCAUGGAAUUAAGGCAAUCACUAUUGAUGCUCUGGUGAAGUACAUCGAGCAGCAGUAA